CGUUCCUCCUGCUCCAUUUCCCUCACUGAUAAAAAACUGACCUUUGUGGUGCCAAGGUUGUUCUAAAGAAUUGAAGGAUGUCUGAAGCGAGCUCGACUUUGGCGUGUCCGAGCUCGCCAGAGUUGAUGAAGGGAAAGAGGGACGACGUAGACGUGGACGUUGAGGACUGCUCCUCGCCCUUGAACUCUGAUCUAUUGCCGCAGAACACGACCCCCUCUUUUACACCAUUACCAUCAGCUGUGCUGCUCAUUUCACUGCCUAAACUCCUCAUACACCCUCCCAACCAUCGGUUCCAUGCACAUUCCCUCUGUAUCUCUCUUCUUGCGCUAAGGCGCUGUCUCCAAAUGCCGGGUCUCAGCCCGGAUAUAGAGUGUCGAGCGUGGACAGCCAUCGUGGAAAUUGGGAUGAUUGCUCUCGAAGGAGGGUUUAGCCUUGACGAAGACCAUAUUUGGGCCAGAAAUUUGGAGAAAGAGGUAGAAGAAGCUCAGAGUAGAGGUCUCCUUAUUGCUCAGAAACACCCCAGCCUACGCUCAUACCGCUCACAGCUCACUUUUUUGGCCGCCCAGUUGGCUUUGUGGCAACGUAACGUCAAGUUCGCUCGCACUUUGCUUCGCAGACUGCUAUCUUCCUUCGUCCCAUCCGACCCUCCACAUCUCGUGUAUACUGCUCACUUAAAACACAUCAGCAGCCUGAUGGUCCCGUCAUCACCAUCGCCAUUCUCAUCUUCCCUACCCAUAUCUCCUGGUUAUCGUCAUCCCCAAGAUACCAGAGCCGUUCUUACAGCUAUCCAGAACAUGCAGAACAUCGCAAUCAAGAGUAAUCACUCUCAUGUCACUCUUCUUACCCGCGUACUCCGCUUGAGGCUACUUAUGUCUUCUGGCCAACUGGUGCAGGUCGAAGAGGCGCUCUCUUCGGCGGAGGAAGGCCUUGGAAUAGAAUACCCCGCAGAAAGGUCCCAAAAGCAGCCCGAUAGCCCUUCGAGAGGUGGUCUACGUGUUGCCGACAUUAAUACCUCUCAUUUACCUUCAUUGUCACCGUUCAAACUCAACCGGCUCAAUGAAAACCAUUCACUGUCAUCCAGCGCUGAUAAAGCGUCAGUGCAAGCGGUGCCUUCGUACAAGACAUUUUCUGAUCCGUUUUCGACCUCUAUGGCUCUUCACACUCUCAUUAUAGGCGUCGUCUUCUACACCUAUGCUGGUAGCGCUGUGGAUAGCAGUCAACGCCUCUCACAUCUGCACGCUCUACUGGACAGUGGUGUUCUCAAAUUCCCUUCCGCAGAGGACCCUUGUCGAGCCAGUGGUAUCAUCGAAAUCCCAUUCCCCAAUCAGUUGCCUAUGUACAUUCAAACCACUCAUCCGCGGAUUUUAUACGUGCUCGCGUAUCUGGUGAGCGCGGUGGCGAAAAAGGAUCCGGUUGGGAGGAAACCCAAGAGGAAAAUAUUCGCUACGGAAGGUUUGUCCGCUUGGGAGAGAGAGCUCAAGAGAGAGUUGAAGCUACCUGCCUGGGCCACCGUUGGAGACGUUGAAGAGAUCGAUAUCAAGAUGGCGAAGAUUAAAGGGGAUCUCAUGUGCGAAUUAAUUGGGGUAUCCAUAAUGCGCUCAGAGCUUGAUGCGGCUGAUAAGACUUUAUCUCUCCUCAUCGCACAUUUAAGAACGCACGGCCUAUUCGAAUCUUUCGCGGCGCGCGUUACCUUACACCACGCCCAUCUCGCUCACACUCGUGGAGAUCUAAAGAGAGCAAUGCAGUGCUAUCAAGUCGCUGCUCACGUUGCGGAAGAACGGGGGGAUGAUUUUGUCCGGUUAUCCGCACGAGCAGGGCUGGUUGCAUUUAGGAUCGGAAUCUUCAGGACAAGGCAGAUGAUGGGUCAACCUGACUCAGACGCUAUGCAAGUUGACGUUGAAGAUGGUGAUGACGACGAUUGUAGCUGGGAAGAAGUUGAGAGGAUGGGAUUAGAGGUGGUUGAAUCUUGUAAGGGUAUGGGCGGGACAUUGUCGAGUAUUGGGCGUGUCAUUGAGGCUUGUUUAACGGAUGAGAUCUUGAAGGCGAAGCAAGACCUACGGAGUGCCUUGAACUUCACGUCCUCUGGUGGUGAUAACCACAUUCGUGCACUCAUUUUGGCCCUCAUCGCUUCACAGUUCUUCCACACCUCAGCAGAUGAUGCCCUCAACAUGCUUGCGAUGUGCGAGAAUCUUGCUGCAGGGCUUGGUGCCGGAGCUGGUAAGGUAGCCAAAGGAGAGGAAAAGAAAGUUGUGGAUGAUAUCGGGAAUGCGCCGUUGAGAGUAUGGGUUGGAGAGAGGACUUUGGAGUUACACAGACGCACAAAAAAUACUCGUGCUGCUCGAAAACAAGAAGCUGCUAACGCAGCGCUUCAAAAAGCUAUCGCAAACACUAGGAGUUCCGCUUCCUACACUCAUACUGCUACUAGUGUCGCUGCUGAUUGCAGCUGACAAUCUUUCGAGUUCGCUGUUUGCUGUUUAUUGUUUGCUGUUCACAUUUCUUGUUACUUUCUCCUCUUUGUACAAUCGUCAAACAGACGCUCUUGCUGCGCCCAUUCUGCAUUACACGGACUACUUACUGCACCAUCCAUUUGUAUCCACAUUGACCCUCCUAUCACGUUUCCUUUUCGUUUUCCUCACGAGUUACCGUACCCUGUAAGUUUCUUUUGCUAAUAGUUAUCGCUAUGUGUAUUCCUAUAUCGUCAUCUCCUAUGGAAGGCGCUCUGUAACUACUUAGAUUUUGCUGAAAAACGAUCACGGUAACAC